GGGGGCGCGCUCUUUAUGGCAGGUCUCAGAAGAGGGGGAGCAGCAACGCACGAGCGCGCCGUCGUUGUCAGGGACGGACGGGGUACAGCUGGUAAAAACACAUCCGCACGCACGCACACACACACCCCCGUCUCCGUUACGCACGUACAUAAGGCAAAAACAAAAGCGACUCUUAAGGAGGAGAGCGGAGCGCGAGCAUGCGGCGAGGACCGGGCGCUGCAGCAGACCUUUGUUUGUUUCCUGGAAACCCUGGAGCGCGAGGGAAUAAAAUGGAGUGGUAAGGGGCUCCGAGGCGCGAGAGGCGCGUCCACCUGCUGCUACCGGGGAGGCAGUCAGAGAGGGCAAACAUGCUGAGACCGCUGCACUGAAGGGGCUAACGAAAAAACAACAACAACGUAUGCCAACAUUCUGCACGCCGAGCGAUCAAACGGAGUCUUAAGAGCGGGUGGGACGGGUGUAACGGGAGGCUGGACCAUUGUAAUUAUGUUAGUGAGAGAGAGAUUCAGUUCAGACUGAUGGAUGUUCUGCAGGAGUCCCGAUUCUCAGGGGCAGAUCGCAGCCCCUGCCCAAGAGAUGCUAGUGAAAAUGAAUCACAUGACCCAUUGGCAGAUGUGUCACAUGAUCUAAGGCGCUGUGAUGUCAUUGCUCCUGUGGCGCUGUCCCUGCCCUCCCUCUGUGGCCAGAGUCAGACCUCUGAAGGUCCUCUUAGCCCAGCUGACCUGCAUGAUGGGUCUGUCUCCAACACCACCUCUCUGUCCUCUCUCUCUUCAUUCUCCUCUCUUUCCUCCCUUUCAUCUCUCUCUUCGGUGUCCUGUUCCAAACCUGUGACACCCUGGUCUGUGCCGCAGACCUGUGACAGGUCGUCCCUCUCUAACAUGGACUCCAGGGGCGGAGACUGCCUUAGCUGUUUGAUCCCCAAAAAUCAGACAGAACCGGAAUCCUGUGAGUCAGUACUCAGCUUUGCCAGCAUCAAUUUGCAAUGCCUUGGCCCCGCCCCCAGUGCAGAUCGCUAUGGUGACCAGGUUCUAUCUGACCAGCUGCUCAGUGGCUCCGCCCAUCCAGCUGUAACCAAUGAGGGGGCCGAAGAAGGGAGGUCAAUGCAGGAGAGCGAAUCAGAUGAGGAUCCUGCAUCCAGGAGCAUAUACGAAGGUCUUGGAGAGGAGGCGCAGGACUGGAGCUGUCUAGAGACUCUCAUCAGUGAAAGUCGUAUGGAGCUGUUGGACUUAUGCUCCCGCAGUGAACUUGCAGUCAAUCUGUUCUGUGAGGAAGAUGUGGAGAAUUACAUGUUUCAGGAGGAGGAGAAUGCACUCAGUACUGACGUCUGCUCGCUCAAGAUACGCUACGAGUCCUAUCAGGAUGGAGUGCAGGAGAGGUGUGAAUCUGCCCUACAGGAUGAGUCUCAGCUAGGUUUCUUUCCUAGCUUACCUUGCAGUAGAAAAGAGGGGCCAAAAGAGAAACCAGACCAAUCCACUGAGAUUAAGGCUGAUGACCACAUGACCCCCAAUAUUAGCCCAGACAGUAACUUACUUUUUGACCUCAGUAACUCUCCGGAAGAUUCCGGCGAAUUCAGUGAUGACAGCUCUUGCACAGGCUCCCCAGACAAUGGGCUCUCCCUCCGGCAUGGCCGCUUGUCCAGAGAAAACUCUAGCUCCUCCAGCCAGCUAAGCUACCGCCUCCGAGCCAAGAGGAAGGUGGCCUACCGAGAAGACUACUUGUACGAUGUGGACUCAAUAGAAAGUGAGAAAAAUGCUGAAAAACGUGAAAAAACACCUGCUGGGUUCAAGAAAGAGCGUGAUGAUGACUGGUGUCCAAAGAAGAGGCGGCGGUCCAGUAGGAAGGACCCACCUGUCAUUAUAAAAUACAUAAUCAUUAAUCGUUUUAAAGGCCAGAGGCACAUGAGAGUGCGUCUGGGACGAGUCGACCCAUCACCCGCUGUGGUCUGUCUGAGUCCAGACACUCUGCUUCACUAUGAGAGACUUGCACCAUUAAAAGCAUACUGGCAGGAAAGAGAAAAGAAGCAGCAGGAGCAGAAUAGAUUAACAGCAGCAGAAACAACCAAACGCCUCAAUGGCUGCAAAAGACCAAGCACUACACCCAAACGAAAGCACAGAAUGGCCAGACUCAGGAUCCAGCAGAUCCAUACCGUACAGAAUUCCCUCCCCAGCCAAACUAUUGUGGUCCCCAUCCACAAUCAACCAAAGGGGACGGAAUUCCUUAAAAGCACAGAGGAACCAAAAGAGGACAUUAUUUCUGUUACACACACUGCCAGGGCUAAAAGCAGAACACAAGAGAGAGAGGAAAGAAGAAAGGCAGGUAAAACAGGGAAGAUAAAGAAGUUCAAAAGUGAAGCAAGACUUCGGUUGAAAAAGUUAAAAGAGGCUGAGACACAGGAAGUCCCAGAAGCCUCUGAGAUUGAGCAGUGCAGCCCAUGUUUACCAGAAAACCUUAGUAACUCUUUGGAAGAGAAUGCCACAGAUGAAGCCUCCAGUAAUGACCCUGAAAAAUGCACUUUGACCCCAACUGCUCCAGGGACUGAUGGAAAUGCUGAACUCCUCCCCGGGGGAUACCUGCAAACUCUUCUUGAAGCCUCUGAGUCAUCAAGCACUGCUAACAUCAACUAUUUCCAUCCAGGGCUACAGAAUCACACACUUCACCCAGUCCAGAGCUGUGUUCUCUCUCCUCCCUCUGAAUCAGAGCUGCCUCACUCUCCUCUACCUAUGAACCAUGGGUCUCACCCCACGCAUUAUACUGAGCCAAACCUUACUGAACCAAACCAGCCCAUUUCAUGGUCAUCCCAACCAUCUGCUGAACAGCUGCCCUUCUCCCCAGACAUGCCAACUCAGUCGCCAGUGAUGCCAUCGGGCUUUCCCACACCAUUGCCUGUGUUAGCAGGGGAUAGCAAAAAUGUCACAGGCUUUAGGCAAGCGUCUCUGUCAGGGUGCAGGGUCUCGUAUGAAGAGUCCCAACCUGAUGCUGAUUAUGGUUUGAGUCCGACUGGCUCUCGGAGUGACAGUGGUGUAGGGCGACUGGUUAGCUUUAACUCCCUCGGGUCACUUUCUGCCACCUCUAGCAACUACAGCUCACUCAGCCUGAGAGAGGGAGAAAGGGAGAGGGAAGAGGAGAUUGGUGAGAUCAAUGAUGGCUUCUUGCCGCAUUGUAGCCCACGGCUCGUCUUGCAGCAAAGUCUAGAGGAGGUCAUUCCACUUCGAGAGUCAACUGACCUCUUGGAUAUCUCCAACUUCACCCCUGACAAGUUCCGCCAUUCAUCGCUUUCUGACAUGUCACCACCAGACACGCCUAACUCUUCCCCUCAACUGCUGGGGAACUGUGGUAAAGUUGGAGAUUUUUCGGAAGCAGCAGAAGCAAAUGUACAAUGGAACUGUGGAGUUGUCCCGCAGCUUAAUCAAGACAGAAACCCACACCACCUACAGGUACACUCUUUCAACACAGAGAAGGAAGAAGUUGGGCUAAGGGAUCACAAAGGCUCAACGAAAAAGGGUGGGAAAAGUGGACAAAGCACCAAAAAGAGCAAAACUGCUAAAACGGCGAAAGGUGAGAAAGUAAAGCUCCCACGUCAGGGUUCUCGUUCUGUGCGGAAGAUCAAAGCCUUGCUAGAGGGAAAAGCAGCCAAAAGUAGUGAAGGGUCAGGAAGUGGUGCUUCUUCCCCGACCCCAUCGCUUGGCUUAAUUGGAGCUCAGGGUGAGUGGCCUGUUACUGGGGGACUGUCAAAUGAUGACCAACGAGAAUUCCCGGAACCAUCGAACAUCCUGUCCAAUAUAGUGUCUGGCAUGGCAGAGGUACAGCGUUUCAUGAGGGCUUCUGUGGAGCCUCUUUGGGGCCCUUGUCUUUCACCUGGUCAGCAUGCCCUCCAGAGCCAGACACUGAAGAUUCUGGGUAGCGCUGCUGACCUUAAAAAGCGGGGUGGUGCCUCAGGCGGAGGUCGAGGGAAGAAAGGGGCUGGGCGUGGUGGUAAAGCACUGCCUAAACUUCUCCCACCAGGCUUCUUUCCUACCCUCGGAUUGGACUGUCUCCCACUUCCACACCGUCCAGCCCACAAAAAAAUGUAUCGUCACAAAAGCAGUGCUAAGUUCACCCGAGAGGAGCUCGUAGCGGGUAAAAGGGACAUAAAAGGAGUAGCAUUGACAACUUUGGUUGAAAAACGGAGGUAAUAUUUUCUCUCUGCAAUGUGCCCCUUCUUUUUCUCCGUUCCCUUCCCUCGCACCCUGCCAAAUCCUCCUAAAAUCCUUUCCACAUUUCAGAGCUGCAUGGCACCGACUUUACCCACAAUCCUUUGCCUGGCCCACUGGAGGGCAGGCACAUCCUGCAUGUCAGCCCUGCUAAACUACCUACUAGACUGACUGAAGUCUCACUGUCAUGGCUGCACCCUACUCACCAUUGCUGCUUUGUUGCAUUUUUAUCUGACAAAUUUUGAGUUGUUUUUAUUUGCGUUUGGUUUGUUUUCAAAGAAGAAAAAUGCCUUGAAAGUCUUUGGAUUCUCUUGUAGUGUUGUGUAUAUCUAAAUAUCAAUUUUUUGUUGUCUUUUUGUUUUCCGUUGCAGCUAUAACACUGUAUGUGUUAAAUCGGUGUCACAGAACCAUGGUUUAGACCGAGCCCAGCGCCCUGCUCUGUCUCUCAGAAAAUGGUUGCCUUCUGUUCAGGGGUCAAAGGUCAUGUGUAGUAUUCUGUGCUAAGAAUUGUUUCCCCCCAUUUCUGUGCUAACCCCUCAGAACACUGGGCUUUGACAUGCUAAAAGAAAGCAUCUUGAUCAAGAUGCUCGUUUUCCAAGGUUCUGAAAGUUCUUAAAGAGAUUUUUUUCAUUAUUGUUGUUUGUUUAUAAGUUGUGAAAAGGGGGUUCAUUCAUCUGUUCUCCAGUGAAUCUCCUCCUGCCAGUAUCAAAAUGCUGUUGUACACAGACAUAUGCACUAUUUACAAAACAAGAUUAUAUCAAACAUGUUUAAAUUAAUGUGCCAAACUAUGAACAACUAAAUGUACAGACAUUUUUAUCUACAUAAAUAUUUGCUGUUUUAUAAUGUGGCAGUGAUUGAGAAGCGUGUGUGUGUGCUUGGGAUGGGAUGGGGGGAGUUGUUAAUCUGAGAUUCACUCCUGUUGCAUCACAUCUGUACAAACAGCUAGUGGCGAGGAGUCAUCUCAACAAUCAGAAGAAAAAUGUUGUUGGUUUAUUUUCUGUUUUUUGCACUUCUGGCUAGUUCAAGAUUAGAGGCAUGAAGUGAGAGAUGCAUGACGAGAAUUUGUGGGAGGAAGCUGAAGUGCUGUAAUGGCAGAGAAAAACAUUGGUUUCCUUUCCUUCUGAUGUAUUUCUGGAUGGUAAAAGAUCACUGUUCGUGUGUAACAAGGUAAGAAAAUGAUCAUUCCUUCUCAUAACAAGACAUACAAUGCAUUCUAGCUCGUUUAUUUCCCCAAGUUUCUAGUUCGGUAAAUAUAUUUCUCUGUACCUCAGCCCUCCAAACUAGUUAAGGACAGGACCAAAUAUAUUUUUAAAGUUUUCUAAUUUGUUGCUAGUGAUGUGCAUGCAUUUAAAACAUGUUAUGGAUAUGUGCUGUGAAUGCUGAUCCCCCAGUAUUACUUUCUCUGACUCGCCUGUUUUUUCUUACCUGAUCUCAAAACCAUUGUUUUUCUAUUGCUGUUGGAAUGUUAUUUGUUGUGUUAUAAAAAGAGGGAAAGAUGCCAACUUGGUUACCCCCAUGUGCUGUUUACUACAUUGCUUCAGGAUCUUUUUUCUGCAACUCCCUGGAUCCCCUCUUUUGUGAAUACCAUAUUGAAAAUUAAUAUUUUCUCUUUGAUUCUUUGCCCUUGUGUUCAUAGAGUCUGAAAUACUGUUUUAGUUUUCCCAACACUACAUUUGAAUUGACAACUGUAGUUUGAGAACUGUUCCUCCAUUUUCAAAGUUUAGUGGGUACUUGUGCAAAUGCUGUAACAUGCUGUGAAUGAAUACCGGUGAAAUUAUUGAACUGUUGAAAAGUUGAAGAAAGCAGGUGCAAAUGAUGAGUGACAUUCCAGAGCUGGUGAUGCAAUUCAGAAGUGAGCUCUGAAAACCUCUUGAUUUUAGGGCCUUCCCAGCCAAAUCAACCUCACCAAGCAAAAGACCAGGAAAUAUUAGAAUACAAGUUGGUUAUCCAAAUGAUUUUUUUCUGUGCUGAGUGAAUGGAGAUGUAACACAGUUGGUUCAGGUCCGUUGGCUCAGGGAACCCAACUGCAUUCACAUCUCUCAUUCCCUCAGCUACCCAUCUCGCCAGACAAACUCAAGCUGUUCUCAGUGCUGCCCCUGCUGUACUGUUCCUACAUAGCAAGUGCCAGUGCAGAGUUCUCUUCUUCAUACUUAGAGAGCAAAGUUUUCCACCAGUGAAAACUGUAUAGCACACAUCCCCUGCACUGACUGAAGCGUUCAAAGUUUUGAAAAGUUCAGUGUUAUUCCCCAUAAGUGCAUCAUGUAAAGUUAAUACAGGCAUAUCAAAAACUUAAUUGUGCCCUUUUUCUGAAUGUAUUAUAUUGUCAAGUCGGGAGUAUUUUUCUUUUCAUAAUUUAUUUGACUCUACAACUACUUUUGCCUUUUUUCAUCAUCAAGGAAAAAAAAUUAACUUUUUACUGCCUGGUAUGUCUUCUCCAGGUGGAUUCUCAAUGAACUCUUGAUGUAGGAAAAAAAAUAAUGACCUGUAUAUUUUUCAUUGUGCCAAUUUGUAACAUAUUUUCUAAGUGUAUAUUUUUCUUAGAAAGUGAUGUGAGGUCGUUCUUACUGUGGCUUUGUUCUUUUCCCUUUUUAGCAAGUGAAAAAGUUGCUAAUUGCCAUGAUGUUUUCUUUCUUUCUUUCUUUUUCUUUCUCUCUCUCUUAUUUGUUUUUUGUUUGUUUGUUUUAAAGCCAAAAACUGAAAAUACUAUAAAAAAAAAUAAAUAAAAAACUAUUGUAAAGGAGAGAGAAGGAGAGCAAGCUGUGACUCUUUGUUGAGAGGUUUUGUGAUUGGACCAAUCUUGUUGUAAGAGUGUUGUGCUCUAGUUAAAAUAUAUAUUAAUUUAAAGAUAAAAAAAGAAACCAUGAAAACAGACAGUGGAACAAUAACAUUAAUUUGUGAUCUCAUUGCUGUUUUAUAGAUUUUCAUGUAAAUUAUUCUAGUAUUUUGUUUUUGUUGUAUCUGUCACAAAAGUUGAAAUAUUUGUGAUCAAGCCUGUAUGGUGACAAAUGUAAUAUUGGUAACUUGCUGAGUUUUGUAAUCAUGUUUAUGGAAUCAAUAUUAAUUAAAAGAGCUUUUGAUCA